AUGGAACCACUAAAAGUGGAGCCAACCGAUCCACUCGAGGUGGAUCCGCCAGUGGGCCCAAAUGGGUUAAUAAACUCCCAAGGGGUUGUUGAUGAAGAUGGAAUGAACCCGGGGGUUGGUAUCAUCGAGGGAAUCAACGACGUGUUGACCGGUGCAGUGGUCGACAUGGUGGAAGAGAUGGCAGCGGCGGUGGUGGCCGGAGUGGUGGCAGCAAUACUGUUGGAUUCAGUCGACAUCUCCAGCAAAGGUGUUAAGGUUUCGAAAGUAUUAGUUUCAGUUAAGUCCAAAUUCCUUCAAAGAUAUCCAAAUUUUGACCAAAUUAGACAAUUCCAUUGGACAGCAAACUCUAUCAUAGAUAUAAUAUUUAAAUUACUUGUAAAUUCAACUAAUCAUGUUGUUGAUAUAAAUAGAGCAUCAACAACACACCUCUUGCAUCAUCAAAUCACAAUGGAGUUCCCAUCUCUACUCUUAUCCCUCCAAAUCCUUAUCCCAACUCUCAUCUUCCUCACACUAAUCAUCACCAAAAAGAGAAACGGCAAGCUCCCGCCGGGCCCGCGUCGCAUCCCGUUGCUCGGAAACAUGCACAACAUGAUCAGCGGCGAGGCCCCCCACCGCGCUCUCCACAAGCUCUCCCAAAAAUUCGGCCCCGUGAUGCACCUCCAGCUCGGCGAGGUCUCUGUCGCCGUCAUCUCCUCCCCCGAGGCCGCCAAGCAGGUGAUGAAGACCCACGACAUCCACUUCGCCUCGCGGUCCCCGAUCAUCGUGGCGGAGAUCAUCAGCUACGGGUGCACCAGCAUCACCUUCGGCCCAUACGGCGAGUACUGGCGCCAGCUCCGCAAGAUCACGACGCUCGAGCUCCUCAGCAUGAAGCGCGUCCAGUCGUUCCGCUGGCUCCGGGAGAAGGUCUUCGUCGGCCUCGCCAGAAAAUUCGCCGGCGCCGGCGCCGGGGCGGAGGUGAACUUCUCUAAGGAGUUCAACGCGGCGACGUUUGGUAUGAUCUCGAGAGCGGCGCUCGGGGAUGCGACGAAGCAGGUGGAGUCUCUGCACCCGAUGAUCAACGAGCUCGCGGAGCUGUCGGCCGGGUUUGACAUCGCCGACGUGUUUCCUUCGGUUAAAUUGUUCCAGUGGAUGAGCAGGCUGAAGAAGAGGGUGUUGGUUAUACACAAGGAUAUUGAUAGUAUUCUUGAGGAAGUCAUCCACCAGCAUAGAAUUGCAAAGAAUGAUGAACAUCAUGAAGAUAUUCUUGAUGUUCUUCUCAAAUAUCAUCAGGAUGGGCUUGACUUUUCUCUCACCAAGGACAAUGUCAAAUCCGUCAUCGUGGAUAUGUUGGCUGGAGGGAGCGAGACGUCCGGUACAACGGUGGAAUGGGCGAUGGCCGAACUCGUAAAAAAUCCAAGAAUCCUGGAGAAGGCACAGGAAGAGGUGAGGAGGAUUUUCGACGAAGAGGGAACCAUAGAGGAGUCGCGAAUUCAGGAAUGCAAGUAUCUUAAGCUGGUGGUGAAGGAGACUCUGAGGAUGCACCCAGCCCUGCCGCUGAUGCUGCCUAGGAAAUGCCGCGAGACGACCGAGGUGGACGGGUACGUGAUACCGGAGAACUCCCGUGUGAUUUGCAACGGGUGGGCCAUCAACAGAGACCCCAACUACUGGAAAGAUGCCAACACUUUUCAGCCCGAGAGGUUUCUUGACAAUUUGGUGGAUUUCAAGGGGAAUAACUUUGAGUUUCUGCCAUUCGGGAGUGGCCGGAGGAUGUGCCCCGGGAUGUCGUUCGGGCUCGCCAACGUUGAGUUUCCGCUUGCUCUGUUUUUGUACCAUUUCGACUGGAAAUUGGGGGGUGGGAUCAAGCCUCAGGAUUUGAACAUGGAGGAUGGGUUUGGGUUGACUGCUAGGAGGCUUAAACAGCUCUAUCUUGUGCCCACACUCACAAGGCCUUUGCCUGUCCAAUGAUGCAAUGCACUUUCAUAGUAAUAUUUUGGUGUUUUGAUGUUUAUCAAUAAUGUCUAUUUAAUUUUAUGUAAUACUCCAAGUACAAUGAAGAGACGAGUUUCAUUUAAUAAAUAUGUUCCAAUUUUGUCA